AGAAGAAGAAGAGCCUAACAAAUUUUGAAACCCAUUUCUCAAGACUAUUUGCAAGGCCAACAGGCAAAUCACCAGGAGAAAACAUAUUGAGGCAAGACAAGCACCUGUUAUCUUAUAAUACAAGAAACCUAAUAUUUCACUCACGUCUAUGUAAAUUUGACAGUUUAGUGCACAUCAUUAAUCAUUAAUUAAUUAUCAUGGACAUCAUGGAUCGUCUAAUGAUCACCACAGCAACCUUCUUCACCUUGUGCAUCAUCAUCACCAUCAUCGUUCCUUGGUCAGAGGCAGCUGGAGAAAGCACUGGGAAUGGGUUACGUGUCGGCUUUUACAGCCACAGUUGCCCAAAUGUGGAAAAAAUUGUUGCUGACAUUGUGUCAAAGGCUCAUCAGGAUGAUCUAAAGCUCCCCGCAGCCCUCAUUCGCUUCUUCUCCCACGAUUGCUUGGUCAAGGGCUGCGAUGCCUCAAUUCUUCUGGAUGCCACAGCCUCACAUGAGCCUGUAGAGAAGCAAGCCCAAGCCAGUGAAAUGCUUAGAGGUUAUGAGCUCAUUGAUGAGAUCAAGGACAGGGUAGAGCAGGAGUGUCCACAAACUGUCUCUUGCGCUGACAUACUAGCCUUUGCUGCUCGGGAAGCUGUUUUUCUGGCCGGUCUGCCACGUCACAUGGUCCCCGCUGGACGCCGUGACAGUCGGACUUCCCGUGCUUCCGACAUCACCAUCCCUAACCCUACAACACCUUUCGAUGAGAUCAUAGAUUAUUUCUCCAGAAGAGGCAUCACCAUUGACGAAAUGGUUGUGUUGAGUGGUGCACAUUCCAUUGGGAUUGCUCAUUGCAGCUUCUUUGACUACAGACUCUACACCUUCAAAAACGACCAGCCCCAAGACCCUGCCCUCAACGCAUCCUAUGCUUCUGAGCUGUCUAAAACGUGCCCAAAACCCAACACAUUGAAUCCAGCUGAGGCUAAACAGAGAGCCGUCGAGUUAGAUCCCACAACACCACUCGUCCUGGACAAUCACCACUACCUGAACCUGUUGCAAGGGAAAGCCUUGCUUCAGUCGGAUCAGACAAUGGUUACUGAUCCCCGCACCAGCGGAUUGGUGCAGCAGUUUGCCUUGGAUCCCGAAUCUUGGGCUCGAAGAUUUGCCAAGGCCAUGAUUAAGAUGGGCAGAACCAAUGUUCUCACUGGAAAUGUUGGAGAGAUAAGGAAAAAUUGUCGGGCAAUCAACUAUGAGCAAUUUAGUUUUUAAUGUCAGUUGUAUGUAGAAAUAAUUGUGUAUAUACCGUAGUGUAUCGAAUCUACUUAAGUCACCAUCCCAUGUUGGGUAACUUAAUAACUUGUAUAUAUCUCUCGUCAGAUAAUUAGGUCACAAAAUGAUGAGAUAUAUAGACAUGUAAAUAUUAUAAGAUACACAAAAUAUUUCUGCAUUGUGGCUUGGACAAA